AUGUUCCCCAAUAUCGGAGAAGGCGAAGACGGUGUCCGUCGACCGCACGCUGGAGAAAAGACCUCAGAAGUACACACAAGAACCAGGCUGAAGCAGUCCGAUGAAUGCCCGAACCCACCCAUUCUCAGCUGUUCAACGAAAGCGGACGAGACAGAUUCGUGUUGCGUGAGUAUACCAGGAGGCGUUCUAGUACAUGCUCAAUUCUGGGACCUCGAUUUCGGUGUUGCGGACUCUUGGGGAAUUCACGGUCUUUGGCCCGAUAAAUGCAACGGCCAAUUCUACGAGAACUGCGACAGCAGUCGUAAAUACAGCGGUUCCCAAAUCACAGAAGCACUACAGAACGCGGGACAGAGCGAACUCCUUAACGUCAUGAACACCUACUGGGUGAGCAAUGACGAAAGCCCUGAGGACUUCUGGUCUCACGAGUGGGCUACGCAUGGAACGUGCGUAAGCACUCUAGAGCCAAGCUGUUUCGACGAUUACACAACCGCACAAGAAGUCGUUCCUUACUUCGAAACCGUCGUCCAGAUCUUCCAACAGCUAGACACGUACGGGGCUCUUACGAGCGCAGGGAUAACACCAUCCUCUGAGAACACAUACACUCUCACAGAACUCCAAGACGCAGUUACCUCUUCCCUAGGUUACGUUCCUGACUUCACCUGCUCAAAAGGCAGCCUCUCCUCCGUCCAAUACUACCUAAACGCCCAAGGACCCCUCCAAGACGGCCACUUCGUCGCCUCACAUGCAACUCGCAGGUCCGACUGCCCGAAAUCCGGUAUCAAAUGGCUUCUGAAGACAGUUGACAAUUAA